GUUUUUAUUUGGAUUUCAGCUACUAUAAAGUUGCCUCAACGUUGGGGUUGUUGAAGCAGGAAACGUAAAAUAUAUGGAGGUAGCCAACGGUUUAACCUGUGUAAUUUUACUCAUCUUUUUCAGUGGGUCAGCAGCUGGAAGCAGAACAAAGUUGUUUUCAUUCAAUGCUCAAGGGAAUGGCAUCGGCGUGGCUGCGUUGGCUCAAUCAUCUGAUGAUGGUAUUUGCAAAUCAAUGGUGGAGACACAAGGCUAUGCGUGUGAAGAGCACAUGGUAACUACACAAGAUGGAUACAUUCUCAGUAUGCAAAGAAUUCCUGUGGGGCGGUCAGGUGGGGCACCAGGAAGCAGGCCACCAGUCCUGUUACAGCACGGGCUCUUAAUGGACGGAAUAACAUGGUUGCUAUUGCCUCCAGAACAAUCCCUGGCAUUCGUCUUGGCAGAUAACGGGUAUGAUGUCUGGCUUGCUAACUCGCGUGGAACAAAAUACAGCAAAGGGCAUACAUCACUCAGUCCUGCUGAUCCGGCCUACUGGAAUUGGUCGUGGGACGAAUUAGUAGCUUAUGAUCUUCCUGCUACAUUCCAGUAUGUGCAUGAUCGAGCAGGGCAAAAGCUGCACUAUGUUGGGCAUUCACAGGGAACUCUGAUUGCUCUGGCUGCCUUCUCAAAAGAUCAGCUGUUGAACAUGUUGAGAUCAGCUGCUUUACUCAGCCCAAUUGCUUAUGUGGGUCAGAUGACUUCCCCACUUGCGAGAAAUGCUGCUGACAAUUUCAUUGCUGAGACAUUGUACUGGUUGGGCCUCAGUGAAUUUGAUCCAAGAGGGGAGGCUGUAGUCAAACUUCUGAAGGACAUCUGCCGCAAACCUGGUGUUGACUGCACUAACUUGUUGACCGCGUUUACAGGUCAGAACUGUUGCUUGAAUUCUUCCAUAGUCGAUAUUUUUCUUGAUCAUGAGCCUCAACCAUCAGCAACAAAGAACAUGGUACAUCUGGCUCAGAUGAUUAGACAAGGAACCAUAACAAUGUAUGACUACAAUGAUGCGAGUGAGAAUACAAAGCAUUAUGGGCAACCUACUCCUCCAGCAAACAACAUGACUAGCAUUCCAAAUGACCUUCCUCUCUUCCUCAGCUAUGGAGGGGAGGAUGCUCUUUCUGAUGUAAAUGAUGUGAAGCACCUGCUGGAUAGUCUCAAAGAUCAUGACGGAGACAAGCUUGUAGUUCAGUAUAGAUAUGAUUAUGCCCAUGCAGACUACGUCAUGGCAGAAAAUGCUAAGCAAGAUGUAUACGAUCCCUUGAUUGCCUUCUUUAAGCUACAGUGAACAUAAAUUAAAA